CAGAUGUCCCCAUUUUCACCUUAUUUGUAGGGCUUUUUGUGCACUUCAUGUCACACCACCAAAACACAACUGAAAUGUACCCAAAAAAACCAAAAUUAUGGACCAAAAAUUGUCAAAGACAGAUGUUUGUUCCGUUUGGUUGCAAUUACGAGAGAGAGAGAGAGAGAGAGAGUCAUGUUUCAAUCUUUGGAUUUUGUUACAUUGUACAGCCAUGUUGUUUUAUUACACCAUUUUUCCAUAUUGGCAGAUCUCUAAAAAAACUUCUUGUUUACUAUCAUUUGAAAAAAGAAAUAGUUGAAACCAUCAUGCAUUUCCGAACAAUCUGAAAUAGAGAGAUUGUCGAAUUUCAGAAAACAGAAUUGCGGUAUCAUGAAGGCAUGGGAGGCUACGGUUCGCAAGACGCAGGCUGCAGCAAAGAAGCGAGCCCACAGCCUUUUCGGGACAACAUACGUUGCACAUGCAGAGGAUGACGAUGAUGACAAAGACGAUGAAAGCCAUGAUCGCGGACAGGGAAAAGGACCGGGCGAAAUUUACAUUGCGGACAGAGUCCUAGCCAAUGGGGAUUACUAUACAGGCCAUUGGUCCGAUAAUUUCCCCCACGGGCUAGGAAAAUACUUGUGGACCGACGGGUGCAUGUACAUAGGAGAGUGGUACGGUGGCAAGACAAUGGGCAAAGGAAGGUUCAGUUGGCCUUCUGGGGCCACAUACGAAGGCGAAUUCAAAAGCGGUUACAUGGACGGAAAAGGCACGUACACGGGACCCAAUGGCGAGACGUACAAGGGGCUUUGGGUCAUGAAUUUGAAACACGGGCACGGGAUCAAGACCUAUGCGAACGGUGAUUGUUACGACGGCGAAUGGUGUCGCGGGUUACAAGAAGGCCAUGGUAAGUACCAAUGGAGUAAUGGGAAUCAUUAUGUGGGGGAAUGGAAGAAUGGAAGUAUUUGUGGCAAAGGCACAUUUAUUUGGAGUAAUGGGAAUAGGUUUGAUGGGUAUUGGGAAGAUGGGUUACCCAAAGGAAAUGGAACAUUUAGGUGGGAAAAUGGGAGUACCUAUGUGGGGAAUUGGAGUAGAGAUCCAAAUGAACAAAAUGGGACUUAUUUUCCAAUGGGAUCCUCCACUCCAGAGGAAAAUCUUGAUUGGGACCCUCAGGAUGUGUUCAAUGUGGAUUUGGGUGAUUGUAAAGUUUGUCCGAACGAGAAGGUUCCGAUCAUGCCGUCGCAAAAGAAGCUCGCGGUGUGGAGGUCAACGAAGGCGGCGGAUUCCAAUGUUAGGCCAAGGAGAAUGUCAGUCGAUGGGAGACUGGAUGCAGGGGAGGAUAAGGAAUUCAACCGGAUGCGAAUGUUGGAGGGUGGUGUUGGGGCUUCGUCGACUUGGGAUUGUUUUGAUAGGAAUUUGACGGUGGGGAGAGAGAUGGAAAAUGGCUUAGCCGGGGUGCAACUCGAAGAUGCGUGUAAGAGAGGGAGUGCGAUUAGGAUACCAAAUGUGGUGAAGAGACAAGGUGUGACAAUCUCUAAAGGACAUAAGAACUAUGAGCUAAUGCUCAAUUUGCAGCUGGGAAUCAGGCAUUCUGUGGGAAGACCUGGUCCAGUUGCGACAUUAGACUUAAAGGCUUCAGCUUUUGAUCCAAAGGAAAAAGUCUGGACAAAAUUUCCUGCGGAGGGAUCCAAAUACACUCCCCCACACCAGUCCUGCGAAUUCCGGUGGAAGGAUUAUUGCCCCUUAGUUUUCAGGACUUUGAGGAAGUUGUUCAAUGUAGAUGCAGCAGACUACAUGAUAUCGAUUUGCGGGGACGACGCGCUUCGAGAGCUCUCCUCUCCCGGUAAAAGUGGAAGCUUCUUCUACUUGACCGACGACGAUCGUUACAUGAUCAAGACCAUGAAGAAAGCAGAAGUCAAAGUGCUCCUGAGGAUGCUUUCGGCCUAUUAUAAUCACGUCCGCGCCUUCGAGAACACACUUGUUACCAAAUUCUAUGGCUUGCAUUGUGUGAAGUUGAAUGGUCCUGCCCAGAAGAAGGUGCGGUUCAUAAUAAUGGGGAAUCUGUUCUGUUCUGAAUACACAAUUCACAGAAAAUACGACUUGAAAGGGUCUUCGCUUGGCCGCAUAACAGACAAGCCAGAGGCAGAAAUCGAUGCCACCACCAUUCUUAAAGACCUUGAUCUCAACUUCUUAUUCCGUUUGCAGAGGACCUGGUUUCAAGAAUUCCGAAGGCAACUAGAUAGAGAUAGUGAGUUUCUAGAACAGGAAAGAAUAAUGGACUACAGCCUUCUGGUUGGACUUCACUUCAGAGACUCAACAAAUUCCGGCAAUCUUAUUCUUUCCGGUGAUCCGACACCUAGUACUGGUAAAACACAAUACUAAACACAACCUUAGGUU